UUGUCCGUUCUCUUCCUCCUCCUCUAGUCCAAUCACCGCCUUCCGUUCCUCGGCGGCCUUCCCACCCACUCCCACAGCAACUCACCCACUGCACUGCUGCUGCUGCACCGUGGUGGACUUGUUGCUCAGUUGCCGCAAAUGAUCCAUGAUCCUCCACUCCUCUUCCAGAUGGGGCCCGCUCCUGUUCUGCCGUUCGUUCUUCUGCGGCGACCGCUUCUCCUUUCUGCCUUGACCUCUUCUUCUUCUCCUCCUCCUCCACUUCCUUCUUCUUUACUCCCCUCUCUCUCUACACUCUCGACAGCCUCAUUACCCGACUCCCUCGCUCGCCCCCCCCCCCCACUCACUCACCCACCCUCACCGUCGCAUUUCCCUCUCCGCCCCAGAGGAGCCUCUUUUGGGAUACCUAUAUCUCUCCCGCUUAGAGAUCGGCAAUUCAAUCCCGGCCUUUCGCGCGACUCCACGCUCCUCCCGGGUUCAAUUCUCGUGUCGUGCUCCGCCCAUCUAGUCCGCGGAGUCGUGGGUUGCGCGAUCCAGCACGCGUCGCUUGGGCAUGUUCCCAACCUGCACAACGUUGAACCAUCUAUGAUCGAUUGAUUCGUGUCUACAGCAACCUAAGAGACCAUGGUACGUCGGCGAGCUCGGAGCGCGAAGCUUGGAGUUGAUUGGGAUUUGCGGGGUGGUCGCAAAUGUUCGAAUACAAAACUCACGCCGCGUGCCCAUA